AUGCAAGUCUUUGAUGAGAAACACUUGUUAUGGCAAAAUAGCAAGACCUGCAAGCACUUGACAGCCUUGGUCCAAGAUAUACUCGGUACAAACACUGUGAAGAAGGUUCUCUGCUUCGGGCUCGGUGAUUUUUGCCGCUCUGCGCCUGAAUGGCUAAAAAGGCAGCACGGCUCUUGGGAUGAGAACUCUGAGGUGAAAAAUAUUAUGGGUUAUAUGAUCCAGCAUUCAAUGGCUCUCACUAUCGCUCAACUUUGUCGUGGCAAUAAAACAUUGCUAUUACUUACCCAGGACCCAGAUUAUACAGAGCUCACGGAAGAGGUCUUGAGCAAGAAGGAAUUCAAAAUUAUUGGAACUCACGGUGCAGGAGGAUUCGCGGAAAUUGACGAGGAAUCGAUCAUAAUAUCACCCUUUGCUGCCGCCCCAGUGAAGCAGAUUAUCGCCGACCUUGCUCGGCCUAUACUUAUUAUUUCCACCGGCUUUGAAGUCUUCAAUGGCAAUGAAAAACCAUUGGCAGAUGCUGAAUCUCCGAGAACAAGGCAAAUGUGGCUGGAUUAUGAUACCUAUAGCCUUCCAAGCCAUUCUGACGACGUUGAAAUAUGCUCUGCACUGAAAGGACUACAUUUGUAUUGUAGACGCCAGCAACCUCUGGAUUCGCAAGGAGCCUGAGUUCACGUAAUUUCAUAUCUAGGGACGGUGGAUUACAAAC